AUGGGACAGAUUCGUAGGGUCAGCGAAAGAUGUUACGGGUAUUUGGAGCAAGCCAGUUUUUCAUUCUGGUCACAAGCAUUAUUCGUGGGUGACCGGUACAACAUCAUGACAAACAACAACGCAGAAUCAUUGAACUCAAUGCUGAGACAUGCCCGUUUGUUGUCAAACACGUGCUUGGUCGAGCACAUUCGUAAAACAAUGCAGAAGUGGUUUUAUGAACGUCGAACCAAUGCAACUUCAUGCAGUAGUAUAUUGUCUUCGAGGAUGGAGAACGAGUUACAGACAAUAUUUGAAGCUGGAACUAGGCUUCGAGCCCAUGAGUUGACAAACAACUUGACCCAGGUUAGAAUAUAUAAUGAUACAGAGAUAGUGGACUUCUCUGACAACAUGUACACCUAUCGUGAGUUUCAACUAAAUCCUAUGCCAUGUGCUCAUGCAACUCGUGCUGCUACCCUGAGUGGUAAGUCAUUAUACGAUCUAUGCUCUCUGUACUAUACAUCGAAAUACUGGAUGUGUGCCUAUAUGGAAGUAAUAUCUCCCGUUACAAAGGAAGUGGAUUGGGUUGUUCCAAAUGAAAUCCUAGGUACUCCUAUUUUGCCACCGGUUGUACGUCGUCCUCCAGGUAGACCACCCACGCGAUGUAAGUGA